AUGGCUUCCGUUGCACCAGAUAAAAUACUUGAAAUAAAGCAAUUAAUUUCAAAUCAUUUAUCACAAUCAGAUAUUAAUAAUUCAAUUCGUGAUGUUCUUUCUGACUAUGCUCAACAUCAUCCAAAUGCAGGUCCAAUCGGUCGAGAUACUUUAAUACGUGAAUUAAAAAAUCGUGGUGUUGUUGAUUCUAUGAUGCAGAAUAUUCAAUUUGGUAAUCAACAACCAUCUCCUCGACAACGUCAAUCACUUACGACAUCAAAACCAACUGUCAAUAUGGUUGAUACUGAUCAACUAGUAUCUGUGCCAUUGGAACAAGUCAAUUUUGAUGCAAAUAGAAGACAUCUUUAUCUACAGUUUCUUAGUGGCAAAGCUUUUACAGAUUAUCUGAAUGAACCACAAUCUGAAGGUUAUCCAGGUUAUUCGUCAUCAUCAUUAGCAUCAUCAUUUAGUAUAUCAAUUUUUUUUCGUAAUCAACGUUUCCGUACACGGCCAUUUGCAUGUGCGGGUGAACCAUAUAUCAAUCAAGGAUUUUUACUUGAACUUCAUAAAGAUAAACAGCAAGGCGAAUUUGGGGCUAUGGCCGAUAUUCAAACACUAUUGUCUAUUUGUGAUCGUGUUCAUAUUGUCCUAACAAGAAAAGAUACAAUAGGCGAAACACAUCUCAUAUCCUCUCAUUUUCUCGAAUGGCGUCAAGUUCUUUGUGCACCAGUUAACAAAGUCAAUCGAAUACUUGAAUUGAAUGGCAUCGGAGCUGAAAAUAAACUACCUGUUGGUGUUGUCAAUGUUUGUUUACAAUUGAUUCCACCAUUAAGUGAAUCCGUUUCAAACGAUAUUCUAGCAGCACAACUCGAUCUUGAACAUUCAAAAAGUACAGAACGAGAACGCUUAUUUCUUAUCUACGCUAAACAAUGGUGGAAAGAAUUUUUGGAAAUUCGAGAAGAACAUCGAACCAGACUUGUUAAAAUAUUUGGACAAGAUGAAAAUGGUGUUAAUCAUCCAGUAUUCUCUUUUGUUCAACCACUUCGUUCAGGUCGUUUACUUGAUACACCACGAGAAGCAGCUCGUUUUGUUAGUUUAAUUGGUUAUGAUCGGCAUUCAGUUGUUGGUAAUACUGAUCGAACUGAAAUGUGGACACAAACACAUGCAUUUCUUGCAAGAAACUGUGGAGAUUGUGAAAAUCAUGCUGUUCUUCUAUGCAGUCUAUUACUUGGUUUUGGACUUGAUGCGUAUGUUUGUAUUGGAACGAAAGGUAAAAAUCAAAUUCAUUCUUGGGUGGUAACAAUCGGUGCUGAUGAUGUCUUCUUUUGGGAGAGUUUAAAUGGCAACAGAUAUCAGCAUAUAUCUAUUGAUCCAGACGAUCCUCCACUUGAUAAAUUAUCAUUGAAUAAUAUUCAUCAUCCAUAUAAAACUAUUGGCUGCUUAUUUAAUGAUAAAUCUUUUUAUGCAAAUAUACAACCAACAUGUAAUGUUGAUACAUGUGUAUUUCGUUUAUCAGAUCAAUCAAAGUGGAAAGCAAUGUCACACGAUGCAAUUGCAUCAGUAAAUACUCCUGGCCUUGUACUCACUGCACCAGUUAUGCCUCAUUUAAUGAGUAAUACACUUGAUCCAGUUGCAUUAUCAAAUGAUAUUGAAAAACAAAUUCGAGCUUUAAUUAUUCAACAUAGAAAAGAUCUUGGCUAUACAACACAAUUCGAUGAUCAUUUAUCAUAUUUAUUAAGUCCAGCACUUUCUUCAUACGAAUUGGAGCGUGUUACAGGUUUAUCUGUUGGCAACGAAGAAUUUCAAGAAGCCGUUCGACGUGCUGUUCCCAAUGGACAUGCUUUCAAAGGUUUUCCAAUUCAAUUUGUUCAUAAAAAUGCUCGCAAAGCAUUUGUUUUUAGUUUGAAAAAUGGUUUAUGCGAAGAAAUUGUAUCUUGCCAUGGAGAUCAAGUACGUUUAGCUGUUCGUGUACGUGUAUUUACUUAUCCAGAAAAUGCUAUGGCUACUUGGAUGAUGUUUGCCUGUCGUUAUAAGAGUGUUGGUUCAACAAAAUAA